AUGGAGGAAGAGUUAAAAUGCCCCGUUUGCGGUUCUCUCUUCAAGGACCCCAUCCUGCUGCCCUGCUCCCACAACGUCUGCCUGGCGUGCGCUCGGAACAUCACGGUCCAGACCCCGGAGGGAGAGACCCCGGUGCAGAGCCGCGCGUCCGGCAGCUCCGACUACGACUACCUGGACAUGGACAAGAUGAGUCUGUACAGCGAGACGGACAGCGGAUACGGAUCCUACACGCCGUGCCAGCUCAAGUCUCCCAACGGGGUGCGGGUGUUCCCGCCGGCCAACCCCCACCGACACUGCUCCCUCACCUGCCCGCUGUGUCACAGGAGCGUCUCUCUGGACGAGCGGGGGCUCCGGGGUUUCCCUCGGAACCGGCUGCUGGAGGCCAUCGUGGCGCGGUACCAGCAGAAUCGCGCCUCGUCCGCCUCCUCUUCCUCCAACGCGGUGAAGUGCCAGCUGUGCGACCGCAACCCGGUGGACGCGGCGGUGAUGUGCGAGCAGUGCGACGUCUUCUACUGCAACGCCUGCCAGCAGCGGUGCCACCCGUCCCGCGGUCCGCUCGCCAAGCACCGCCUGGUGCCGCCGCGGAAACAGGCGGCGGGAGGCGGUGCGGCGAGCGGCGGAGGGAGCGGCGGCGGGGGCGGCGGCGGAGGGCAGCAGCCGCCCGCCACCGCGCGGAAACCGGCGACCUGCGUGGAUCACGAAGCGGAAAACUUCAGCAUGUACUGUUACAGCUGCAAAGCUCCGGCGUGUAUGAAGUGUCUGGAGGAGGGAAAGCACGCCAAGCACGACGUCAAACCGCUGGCCGUCAUGUGGAAACAACACAAGUGCCAGCUCUCCCAGGCCCUGAACGGCGUCUCCGACAAAGCUAAAGAUGCCAAGGAGUUCCUGGUUCAGCUGAAGAACAUGCUUCAGCAGAUACAGGAGAACGGCGUGGAGUUCGAGGCUUGUCUCGUGGCCCAGUGCGACUCUCUGAUCGAGGCGCUCACCAGGCAGAAAGCCAAACUGCUCACCAAGGUCACCAAGGAGAAGGAGUACAAGCUGAAGGUGGUGCGUGACCAGAUCACACACUGCACCAUGAAGCUACGUCAGACCACCGGCAUGAUGGAGUACUGCCUGGAAGUCCUGAAAGAGAACGACCCCAGUGGUUUCCUGCAGAUCUCAGACGCCCUGAUCAAGCGGGUGACAUCGUCUCAGGACCAGUGGGUGAAAGGGGCCCUGGAGCCAAAAGUAGGCCCCGAGUUUGACCUCACCCUGAACACCGACUCGCUGCUGCAGACCAUCCUGCUGCUGGACUUCUGCCAGGGCAAAGAUGUGCAGGAGAGUCCGUUAUUGAAACAAAUGCAGGCAGCAGGCAGUGCUGAGGCUGACGUGGAGACAGAGAGCCCAGGAGUGGAGGCCGGACCCUCGGUGCCAGCGGCGCCUCUCCUGCAGCUGGAGAAGUGCUGCACCAGGAACAACAGCGCCACCCUGGCCUGGAGGGUCAUUGCGCCCCCUGGCAGCCCCAUCGAGGGCUACAUCCUGGAGCUGGAUGACGGCAACGGAGGACAGUACAGGGAGGUGUAUGUGGGGAAGGAGACAGUGUGUACGGUGGACGGCCUCCAUUUUAACAGCUCCUACAAUGCCAGAGUGAAAGCCUACAACGGCGUCGGCGUGGGGCCAUACAGCAAGACUGUGGUGCUCAAGACCUCUGAUGGUAGGGUACCAGCAGGUUGUUGUGGCUUCACCUCUGACGGCUGUCUCCUCCCUGCAGUGGCCUGGUUCACCUUUGACCCCACCACAGCUCAUCGCGACAUUGUUCUGUCCAAUGAAAACCAGACAGUGAGCUGCAACAGCUACGACGACCGCGUGGUGCUGGGAACCGCUGCCUUCUCAAAGGGCACCCACUACUGGGAGGUCAGCAUUGAUCGCUAUGACAACCACCCGGACCCUGCGUUUGGCGUGGCGAGGAUCAACACCAUGAAGGACAUGAUGCUGGGGAAAGAUGACAAGGCGUGGGCCAUGUAUGUGGACAACAACCGCUCCUGGUUCAUGCACAACAACUCCCACACCAACAGGGCGGAGGGCGGCAUCACUAAGGGCUCGACCGUGGGCGUCCUGCUGGAUCUGACCAAACACACACUGACUUUCUACAUCAACAAGGAGCAGCAUGGACCGACUGCCUUCGAGAGCCUGGACGGGGUCUUUGUACCUGCAGUCAGCCUCAACAGAAACGUCCAGGUGACCUUACUGACGGGCCUGGAGGUGCCAAAGAAUACCAAACAGUAG